AUGUCUCAUCCAAUCCUGUCGGAAUUUGAUAUCGUUUUUGCUGGGGGUGGUACUACAGCCUGUGUUGUCGCAGGUCGCUUAGCUGCAUGUGAUCCCUCAUUGAGGAUCUUGAUUCUGGAAGCGGGUCAACACACCCUCAAUAAACCUAUCCAUGUGCAACCCUACCAAUUUCCCUUCAACCUGGUGCCGACGAGCACUACGGUCACAUUCAACAUCGGAAAUCCAUCUCCUCGUCUCAACGGCCGUGCACCGAUCGUUCCCUGCGGUCGUUGCGUUGGUGGAGGCUCAUGCGUGAAUUUUAUGGGAUACACUCGUGCACCUGCUUCAGACUAUGACGAUUGGGGAGCCAAUGGUUGGGAAUCCGAGAAUUUGAUUCCCCUCAUGAAGAAGCUGGAGACAUAUGAGGUCCAGCCCGAUCUUCCAACUCACGGCUAUGAUGGACCUAUCAAGGUGUCCUCUGGUGGGUGUAAACUAGAUAUCUGCGACGAGUUCAUCCAGGUUGGCACGACCUAUCACAAGAGGCAGUAUGCCGACGACACCAAUGAUUUGGAAACAUGCAAUACAUACAGUCCAUGGCGGAAGUACAUUGACGGGACAACCGGAAAGCGUUCGGACGCGGCUCACCACUAUGUCUACAACCAAACCCACAACCCAAAUUUACAAGUCUGGGACGGAAAGCGCGUAAAGCGCAUCAUCUUCGAGGACAAGCGUGCUGUAGGUGUCGAGUUCACCAGCGACCCAGUGUCUUGCCCAGACGCAGAUCAGUCGUCGAGUAUUGUGAGAGCAUCAAAGCUUGUCAUUGUCUCUGCUGGGGCAUUUGGUUCUCCGACCAUUUUGGAGAGGUCUGGGAUCGGUGCCGAGGCAGUUCUUAAGCGGUGCAAUAUCAAGCAAUUGGUGAAUUUGCCUGGCGUCGGAGAAAAUUAUCGAGGACGGUCAGAUCACAAUGUCGCUUUUGUUCCAUACUUAGCUUCCGACGAGGUUGUUACCAUGGACGCUCUCUGGCGUGGGGAGAGUAUCGUACAGGAAAGCCUUGCACAAUGGAACAGUGGCGGCAAGUCAUUGAUUGCACAAAAUGGCCUUGACUCAAAAAUCAAGUGGCGUCCUGAUGACGAGGAAUUGAAAGCCAUGGAUCCAGUUUUUCAACCACGCUGGAAGGAGUUCUUCCAGGACCGCCCAGACAAGGCUGUUGCAAUUUUUGCAAUUUUUGCAGGCCAGAUAUGGUCUACCGGCCUCGGGGCCCCUUCUUCCUCCUCGCAACCACAUGACCGCCUUCUAUUAUACAGUACUGCUCUUUACCCCGUGUCUGUCGGAAGCGUUCAUAUCAACGUCCCAGAGGACGACAAAGAAGGAAUGGACUUCACUACAGGCUUCCUAGACCAUCCAUCCGAUAUUGUUCCUCUUGACUUCGGGUACAAAAGGACACGCGAAAUCUUUCGACGCAUGGCUUCCUACCGAGGUGAAGUCACUGCUGGCCAUCCUAAUUUCCCAGAGGGAAGCGCUGCAGCCUGCAGAGAAGCGUCUGGGCCAGUGGACUUGAGUGCGCCUGACAUUGUCUACACUGCCGAAGAUGACGAAGCGAUCAAUCAAUUCCACCGUGACACCACACAACCGGUAUCGCACUCAAUCAAGGAGUUCGUCGACGCUCGGCUAAAUGUAUACGGCGUGUCAAACCUGAAGGUUGCAGAUAUGUCCAUUUCGCCAUUGAACGUUGGCACGAACACGUAUUCGACGGCACUUCUCAUCGGAGAGCGGGCUGCGAUGAUCAUUGCUGAAGACUUGGGUAUCAAUAGUAUGGACCUGACUAGGGCCAGGUUUAGUUGA